UUCGUAUGUCCACCAACAUGUCAAGACCAUUUCUGAUAGUUUUUUUAGUUUACACGUCUGUAAUUUCUAGUAAUUACGCCACCAAACCAAUAGAGUCUAGGAUAUCGAGUGUGAUACUCGAUGAAAAAUCAGAAAAAUUAGUUGUGGUUGACCAAGAUGUGAAAAAUGCUGUUGCAAGAGCGAAUUUUACAGACGAUAUUUCCCAAACAGGGUGGUCAUAUCUAACUGUGUCAACUAAUCCUGUUUAUGAUGACACAAUUCAAGCAUAUGCAGCAGGUCUUGUUGAAGGGCAUAUCACUUCUACUAGGAUAUAUCAACAUUGGAUAAACACAGUCUAUGGCUUUUGUAAACAUCCUUCAGAUUACUGUAACAGAUUGGAAGAUUUUAUCAAGACUAACAUUGCAUGGAUGUCAGAAAAAAUAGAGAAUAAUGCUAAAGAUCCAUAUUGGCACCAG